AUGGCUGGAUCUUAUAGAGCUCCCUCUCAGGGUUUGGCUCUACCCGCGGAGAUUCCGCGGGCUACUGUCAUGAUGAUUGGUCGAUUGAGGGUAGUCUUCGGAUCCUUCGCCACGCUCGUGUCGACGCUCACGUCUUGUUAUUUCGCAGCAAGCCAUCAUAAUCACUUCACUCGAAGACACAGACGUCGCAAGAAAGGUGCGAUGCCUCGGUCACAAAUACAGAAGCCAACUUCCCGCUCCAGGCCUGUAUCAUGCCACUUUUGUCGGUCGCGAAAAUUGCGGUGCAGCCGUCAGCUUCCCUGCUCCAAUUGUAUCAGCCGUGGAAUCGACUGCGGGCUGUACUCGCCCCUAGCAUCGAUUGACAAACCUCAGAAUAGCAAUAGCCACGAGACGCCUGAUAUUCUGACACGCCUGAAACGGCUAGAGGAGAUUGUUCUUCCAACAGACCGACAGUCUAGUCGAGCGCAAGACCCCAAGCCAGAUCGUCGUAGGAGUCGACCGCAGUUAGAGCGAAAGGAUAAGCAGGCCGCGGCGGAUGCGAUCUGGCUCGAAGCAGAAUGCGCAAGCCAGGUGUCUUGUAGUUCAAUCCCAACUGACACGACAACUUUUCGAUCAUGUUCGAUGUGGAAUAUAACCAGCGUUAUGACUAUUGGAGGUAGCAGUUCAGGCCACUCGGUCAGAAACUUCUCGAUCCCACUUCACCAAGAGUCCGUGAUCCUGCUUGAAAAAUACUUGCGUGAUAUUACCUACAUCCAUCAUGUUAUUCUCAGAGGUCCACUGCGUACAAUGGUAGACAACAUCUACGGCGACAUUGAGAAACACGCACCCGUAAGCCCGGGCCAGGUGGCACUGCUUUUGAGCAUCCUGUCGAGUGCCAUGUUCACAUGGACUCGCAAGGACUCAGAAAAUGCGCCCUUUGCGACUUCCGAGAAGGUGAACGCAACAUCUUCCGUGUGGGUGAAAGGAACUCUUGAUCUGCUAGAUCACUGUCGUCGCAUAUCCCUUCAAUCUAUCGAGGCAAUUCAGGCAAUGAUCAUACUUUCCUUUGCCAUCACUAAUAUUGAAGGUAUCACUGCUCGAUUCCGUGACCUGUUGUCAACAGCCAUAACAGCAGCGCGAGAACUCUCAUUGCACAAAGUCGACCAUCAACCAGGGAUAGACAGAAGAGAGGAAGCUCCUGCUGACUCUGUUGAAUCUGAAAUGAAGCGACGAGUAUGGUGGUAUCUGGUUGCUACGGAUUGGAUGGCAUCCCAAUUCCCUGGUCCUCAUAGAGGCACCUACAGCAUCAAUCCGCUACAUAUGGUGGUCAGAAAGCCUCGCAAUGUUGACGAUGCAAAACUUAUGGCUGGUUCCCCCAUCAUUGACCGACCGAUGGAGCAACCCACCGAAAUCUCAUACAGCCUUCAGCGUAUCAAGCUAGCGGAGAUUUGUCGCGAAGUCAUAGACUCUUCUUCGAUAACCACAUACAAUGACGGAGACAUGGAGUCUGGGCGGCUUUUGGGCGUGGACCAGAGGAUUGUUACGUUCAUUGAACAACUACCACCUUUCUUCCGCCUGGACGGGGAUGCCCUUGAUGACCUGAUCGCCAAAUAUCCAAACAUUGCAUCGGGCAUUAUGAUCCAGCGAUACAUCAUUAAUUCCUUGGUCCACUCACAACGGUGCCGGCUGCAUCUCCCAUACUUAGCCCGCGGCUUGGUAGAUCCGAUGUAUGCCCCCUCAAGAGAGGCUUGUCUGGAAGCGGCUCGGUGUGUCGUCCAGGCGGAGAGGAUGCUAGCAACCGAAAAUAUCCCUUUCGUGCUUACGAGACUGAAGUUCUCCGGAAUCUUGCAGUGCGUUGGCAUCGCAAUUACGGCCCUUCUCCUGGACAUGUGUCUUUCUCAGGAGCCCAUACUUCGGCAGGAGCGCCGGGCGGAAGUAGUCAAUGCAUGUAGCAUUCUAAAGGACGCCAUAAAAGACUCCCCCGUUGCAAUCAAGCUCCUUGAGUCUUUUCAGCGAGUUGUGCAGAAACAUGAUAUGUCGGUCAGCGAGGUUAUUUCCGAGUCCCUCUGUGCCGACAGCAGCUCAAGCAGCCUUACCGACAUCAUUGUCGACGACCAGGACAGCAUACCAGUCCUUCCCCACCUGGAUGAGAUUUGGCAGAUUUCACAAAUAGAUGCGAAUAUCCAAGCAUUCGAUUGGGAUGCCUUGUUCCUUGAACUUGAUUGUCCAAUGUUGUCGAGCUAA